CAGUUCUGAAAAUUGUCAACAAGCAGGCUAAAAUGAAUCGAAUUAACCCGGAUUUUUUUUUUUCGGGAAGAGCCGUGUCGGUUUGCAUUUCUAUGAAUUCGCCUUGAAAUACAACUGACAACGAGGUUUGCAUUUGGAAAAUCGUUUAAAUAACUGAAAUAAAAUAAAUUGCUCAUAAAUCUUUGCAAUUCCCGCAGUCGAGAUGCUGCUACCUGGUUAGCUGCGCGCCACUCCUGGGCUGAAGAAAAGCUGGCGAGCUAACUUUGCUUAAUGGUAGCUAGCUAGCCUCUAUUGCUAAUAUAGCACUACUGUACUGGUUUCUAGAUUAGCUAAAUGUGCCGCGAAUCUGUUUACCUAUUUUGAAUGGUGGCAAAUUUAGAAGUUGAAACGUGUUUUUGUACGAGUUGAAAAGUAUAGCCUGGCUGAGGUUGCCUGAAUGAUGAUGAUGGCGAGGCAGAGCUAGCUAGUUUGCAAUCCUAUAACGUUACUGCGCCAUCCCACUUGAUACUGCUCCUGGAUGAGGGUUCUAACAGUACAGACUGAUCUUUUAAUGUUUUUGGAAUGAUCUCUAGUAUAGAGUUUCACCCGAAUACAGUUGGACAAUUGUAUCACCUAUCUUCAACCACAUUAUCCUUUGGCUUUGGGCCUGGGUUGCAGUCAGAUCUUAUCUGCCCCUGUGUCCCCUGGAAAAUGACCUGACACAAUCUUCAUCACAGUCAUAAAACAACAAUGGCAAGAAUAGCUUGGUAUCAAGAGAAGAUUGGUGCAUAUGAUCAGCAGGUCUGGGAGAAAUCUCUGGAGCAAGCAGAGUUUAAUGGUAUUGACAGUAAACCAAAGAGGUCUGGCCACAUCAAGACAGACCUCAUUGAUGUUGACUUAGUAAGAGGAUCCACAUUCAGCAAGGCCAAGCCAGAUAGUCCAUGGACAGCAUUGACUCGUAAGGGUCUGGUCAGGGUGCUCCUCUUCCCCUUCUUUUUCCAAUGGUGGAUCCAGGUGACCUCCAGGUCCAUCUCCACCUGUAUCCUGGUGCUCUACUUGAUGCAAGUGGCAGCAUCAGUGUUGUACAUGGAAGUUCCUGCAGCCAGUGCUAGUGAGCUAUUUGGGCCCAUGUGUCUGAUGUUGUUGCUGGGGACAGUGCACUGCCAGAUAGUGUCCACUGAGUCCAACCGGAGCCCCUCAGACAGCCCUGUGAGCAGCACCAGCCCUGCACGAAGGAGGAGGCCAAGGAAGGGUAGAGGAUUGAAGAGAACAGAGGGACAGGGGAARGACGGGGACACUGAGCUGCAGCCUUGGCAGCUGGAGGAAAACCAGAGGUUGUACAGAUCAGAGGAGAGAAGGAACAACCAGAGAAAGUCAGGCUUUGGGGCCUCUGACGAACUUUCCAGUGAGGAGGAUGAGGAAGAAAAACUACCUACUGGUGUAGCUGGAACUAUACCUGCCUCUGUCCUCAGGAAGAGACGCCUUCACUCCUUCUCAAACCCCUCAUCACCUCAGGAGGAAAGUAGUGGAGGUGCCAUGGACACUAAGGUGAAACCUCAUGAAGUGGAGCGCCUUAGGACUGAAGUCUCACGCCCGGCUUCUGACACAGAUGACACAAUAUGGGAGGAGCUUCUUCAGGGGCCUGACACCGCCUCCACUGGCAGCAGUGACAGUGAGGGGGACGGGCGAUGCGGCCCUGGCCUGACCCUCCCUCCGUUCACCACUCUCAGCAGUGAUGAUGAGACCCUGCUGCAGGGCCAUCUAUCGUGGCUGCAGGCGUGCCACCCAUCCAGWGACCGGGUCAGUGUCAUCAUCUGGGAGCAGGGGGAGUGCAAGAAAGCAGAUAUGUCAGUACUGGAGAUCAGUGGGAUCAUCCUCACACGGGUGAAGGUGGUGGAGCAGGGCAUGGGUUACCUAGCCCUGGGGGGGUUGUUCACUGCCACACUGGCACUGCUUCCUUUUGUCUUCCGCCUGGCACAGCAGCUGGACAUGAAGCGCCUGAGCUCCCUGUCCCUGGUAGAGCUGGCUGUCAUGGUGGUGGGGCCGCCCAACACCCAGAUCUACGCCUUCUUCUUCAUCACCACCGUGGAGAGGCUUUGCCUCACAGGACUCUUCUUCUUCAUGAUGUGUGUGGCAGAGAGGACCUACAAACAGCGGCUUGUUUUCGCUAAACUCUUCAACCACAUCACCUCAGCACGAAAGGCUAAGAAGUGGGAAAUCCCCCAUUUCAGGCUGAAGAAUGUUAGGAACAUAAAGAUGUGGCUGUCGCUCCGCUCCUUCCUCAAGAGACGUGGGCCCCAGCGUUCCGUUGAUGUCAUCGUCUCCUCCAUCUUCCUCCUGGCCCUCUCCAUCGCCUUCAUCCUGUGUACACAGCUCCUGAACAGUCACCACACCUUCCUGGACUCGGAGACAAACUGGGAGCUCAUGGUGUGGGGUUCCUCUCUCAUCCUCUUCCUGCUCCGCCUGGCCACCCUGGGCUCCGAGACCAACUGUAAAUACAGCAACGUGUCAGUGCUGCUGACGGAACAGAUCAACUUGUAUCUUAAGAUGGAAAAGAAGCCCAACAAGAAAGAAAUGUUGAACAUAGUGAACAAUGUUCUGAAGCUUGCAACAAAAUUAAUGAAAGAGCUUGACACCCCCUUCCGACUGCUGGGUCUGACUGUGAACCCUCUUAUCUACAACAUCACACGUGUGGUCAUCCUGUCUGCAGUCUCCGCUGUGGUCAGCGAUCUGCUCGGCUUCAACAUCAGACUGUGGAAGAUCAAACCUUAAUGCUAAACCACUAACUGUUGGACAAUGGAGACUGCCAACUCCUACCAUCCACAGCUUGCUAUCUGUGCAAAGUGUGCAAAUCUACUGAGUGAUCGCCUAUGCAUCUCAGUGCCUUCCCUCCCAGGAACAUUGAACUUUCAAUCACACAAUACCAUUGUGGUCAUACACAAGCGUGAACUCUUGACAAUGAAUGAUAUACACAUCCUUGACUACUACAUCUGCUGCAGCAGUUCCAGUAACCCAGUGCCUGAAUCUGGAAUGUCCCUGGAKCUGACCACUUCCUGGCUCUCACAUGGAGAAACAGUAGCCAAUGGGUGCCUUCUGAACAUGGAGAAAUUUGCUGGCCAUUUGAAUGUAAACCAUUUUAAGAUAUGGAGAAAGGAUGGAAUAGGAAACAAGAAUUAACAAAAUUCUUAUAAAAGAAUUGGACAUUCCAGUGUGGUUUGACAUGUACACUGAACAAAAAUAUAAACGCAACAUGCAACAAUUUCAAAGAUAUUAUAUUAUAGUUCAUAUAAGGA